AUGGCGAACGAAAGAAAGCCUUUGAUAUCCAAGAACGUUCUUUACGCAGGAGAAGGUGAAACACCAUCGUUUGAAAACGGAUCAAAGGCAACUUUCCAUUUUAAAACGUUUAAAAACGAUGAAGACAAGACACAAAUAGACUGCAGUCGAAACCUGGGGCAGCCGUUCGAGCUCCUCAUUGGGAAGAAUUUCAAGCUGGAAGUUUGGGAGGAACUCAUAAAAACCAUGAGGGAAAAAGAAGUCGCUCGUUUUAUUUGUGAUAAAUCGCUUGUAGGGGGCUAUCCUAUAGUUGCCAAGAGUCUACGCUCACUGGCAAAAAAGGCAAAAGGAGAGAUAACAGAGGAACAUGAUCAUCAUGAACAUUCUUGUAGUUUGUCUGCCAUGAAAUCAACUGGAUAUCCUGACUUGGAUGACUUGAUGGUCAAUGAACAAGAUCUUAUCUUUGAAAUUGAGCUUUUGAAAUAUGAGAAACCUGGUGAAUACCAAAAGGAAACAUGGCAGAUGGACGCUGAUGAAAAAUUGACUAAUGUACCAGAGUUAAAGGAAAUUGGGAACCAAUUAUAUCAACAGAAAAAAUAUAAAGAAGCAGCAGACAAGUAUGCAGAGGCUCUGGGAUGUCUAGAGCAGCUUUGCCUGCAUGAAAAACCAGGUGAUGAACCUUGGCUCAGGCUUGACAGAAUGAAGAUCCCUUUCUUGUUAAACUAUGCCCAGUGUAAGCUUUUUCUUGGGGAUUACUAUGAAGUUAUUGAGCACACAUCCACAGUACUUGAAAAGGAUAAGGACAAUGUUAAGGCUUUAUAUCGACGUGCUAAAGCUCAUGUGAAGUGCUGGAACCCUCAGGAAGCCAAGGAAGAUUUCAACAGGGCAGCUACUCUUGACCCAUCUCUAACAAAAACUGUGAAGAAAGAACUGGAUGAACUUGAAAAACUUAUUAAAGAACAUAAUGCAGAUGAUAAAGAAAAGCUUAAGGCACUUUUUAAGUAACCCUUUGAAAAUCUGUGUCAUGUUAGGUGUUCUGUCAAAGAAGAAAAGCUGUUUCAACCAAGUUGACUGUCAACAGUCAGAUGACAGUUGUGUACAUUGGUAUUUGUGGGUGUUAUGCAGUGGAAUAAAAUUAAUUUAAAACAUUUUUAAGUUUUUACAAACUUGAUUCAUUUACAUAUGUUUUUAUUUAUUAACUUUCUGUAACAACUCAAAAAUGUUUCCAAUUCAGAGAUACUAAGUAUAUACAACUGAAAUGAAGUGAUAUAAUGAUGUAGCUCGUUUUUAAUCUGAAUUCAUCAUUUUUGCUAUCACAAUGAUAUUUAAUUAAACUCAGAUUUCAUCAACAAUAAAAAGAAAGUAAAGGAGGGAAAAGUUACAAAUUGCCAUUGUCGUGUGUAAAAUUUUUAACCUCAACUGUAAAUUAUGGUUAAAUGCCAUUGAAUAUUUGCCUAAUGAGUGCUACUUGAGGCCUCACUUAGAAUUAUUUUAAGUCUUCAUGUAGUGCAAAUCAUUUGCAAAAAUAUAUCCUAAGAACAGUAACUGCACUUAUAUAUUUUACAAUACAAUACAUAGCUUAUACAGAGCAACGCUUCUCAAAGAUCCAGCGGCGCUUUACAAUGAUAGUGAUAGAAAAACAUAAUCAAUUAAGAAUUAAAGUGAAUAAAAAAACUAGUGAAAAAUUAAUGAAAGCAAAAACUACAACUGCCUAAAUAAAUUGGUUUUAAGUUUAGACUUAAAUGUUGUUAAAAGGUCCACUUGCCUAAUAUCGUCCUGCAAGGCGUUCCACAGAGUAGGAGCUCUAUGAGAGAGUACUCUAUAUCCCAAUGUUUUAAGAUUGCAUUUAGGUACCAUUAGGAGUUUUUUCUUAGAGGAUCUAGCAAGUCUUUUUCAUUAUUAUUAUUUACAGCGUUUGCAACGGUAAUCAGUGACAAGAUUUACACUGAUUGAUCCAAGAAGUAUUUGAAUCUGAUUGGUUGAGAGCGGAAGGCAAAAUUUCUAAAUUUGCACACGAGAGUACAUGAGCCCAUUUCCCGCGAAGAUUCGAAUGCAUUUUAAGAUUAACACUGCAGAUAAGUCUACGCCAGAAAAAUUGUAGGAUAACUCGCUGGUAAGAUUUAACGUAUCAUCGCCUUGAAAAGGCUCAAUUUCAGACCACAGGCAGCGAAAUUUUGCGGCAAAUAACGCCGGGCAAUUGUUCCAUUUGUGUAAAGCGUGUGCAUGAAUUGCCCUAAUCUAGAACUACUAUUUACAAUAUUCGAGCGGUGUUUAUAUGGAAAAUUAUCUGGGGUUUUCUGUAAAAGAAAACACAGUAGUUAUAUGUAAUUUUGAGUCUCAGUUAUAUGUCUCAUCCGUGAAACUUUAGCUCAAGAACAACCAUCUGCGUCGAAACCCAUUUUUCCACGAGUGCUAGUAAAAUAUGCCCAACUACUUCUCAAUCGGAGAAUAUGCCUGAAAUACCUCAAUGCCUCAUUUCCUAAAAUCCAUCUAUUAAACGCUAAAUUAGUCAAAGUUUACAUUAGUGUAAGCAAGGAAUUCCAGAUCCGAGGUCUCGCGUUUCAGCGUCCAAAUUUUGCAAUUUACCCGUCGCU